UUUCUUUCUUUUUGCCCUUUUCAAAGCGUUCUUCGUGUUCUCCUGGCCACCCUUUGCAAAUCGCCUCCACCAACCUCACAUUUGCCGCCUCUCUCUCUCUCUCUCUCUCUCGCUUGAUCCAGUCAUGUUCUUGUAAGAAGACAGAGAGUUGUGUCUGACCCAUUUCCCUUUUCGCGAUCCCCUGUCGCAUUCUCAAUUGGGGUUUAAAGACGGGGUUGGAAAGUCACAUUGACUGUGCCUCCCCUUCAGCAAGAGAAAUGAAUUUCUCUUUGUGCUCAACCUCUCCAGAGCUUCCAUAUCCUAUCGACAUUCAUUCGAGAAUACCGGAUGGAAAUCUGUUAUUAACUACUGAUUUUGUCAAGGUUAAUAAAAUAUCAAAGAAGGGAUACAUCAACUUACCCGGACGUGCUGUGAGAAAGGUUCUGGCAUCCAGCCAUCUAGUUCCCGGACACCUGGAAGACUCGUCAAUUACAACGGGGAGGAAAUCAUUGGGAGAGCCCAGAAGGAAGCUCAACUUUGUGAGGACGUUGCUAAUUGACAAUUAUGAUAGUUAUACAUACAAUAUAUAUCAAGCACUCAGUACUAUUAAUGGAGUGCCUCCUGUGGUUGUUCGAAAUGACGAGUGGACAUGGGAAGAAGCUUACCGUUACUUAUAUGAAGAGUUUGCUUUCGAUAAUAUUGUUCUAUCACCUGGACCUGGUUCUCCAAGUUGCUCAACAGAUAUAGGUAUAAUGUGGCGUUUCAUCUAAUCGUCACAAUGCCGAGAUAUACCUAUUCUAGGCGUCUGCCUUGGCCACCAGGCACUUGGCUAUGUCCAUGGAGCUCAUGUGGUGCAUGCCCCUGAACCAGUCCAUGGACGUUUAAGUGGAAUUGAGCAUGAUGGAAACAUAUUGUUUUCUCACAUUCCAUCCGGGAGAAACUCUGAUUUCAAGGUUGUUAGAUAUCAUUCUCUUAUCAUAGACCCGGAAUCUCUGCCAAAAGAACUUGUACCUAUUGCAUGGACAACUUCUGAUGACACCGGUUCUUUCUCUGAGAAGAACAAGUUUAAUAACAUGGGGACCUUGCCAGGGGGUGAAUCGGUCAUUUCUGUUUCAGAAAAGUCAGAAAAUGGAAAACCCCGGUCUUCAUCCAAAUCGGAAGGCAGAAAAAAUGGGCGCAUUCUCAUGGGCAUCAAGCAUUCUACAUUUCCCCAUUAUGGUGUGCAGUUUCAUCCAGAGAGUGUUGCUACCAGUUACGGAAGACAAAUAUUCAAAAAUUUCAGGGAGAUAACUGAGGAUUAUUGGAGGGGGUGCAGAUCUAAAUCUUUGCAUUUCAGAAACAUAAAUGACACUGCAAACAUGCAGGUGCCUGAUGCAAGUCAAUUUUUUAGAGAUCUUUCUAGAACUAUGUGUAAAGAUGGUUCUAGUUAUCAAGGGCACCAUACAAAUAGGAAUGCUGUGUUUACCGCCAAAAAGAACGGUCUCGGUGUGUUUGAUCUAGUGGAUUUGUCGUAUCCAAGAAGUUGUCAUACUAAAUUUUUGAAGUUAAAAUGGAAGAUGUUUGAUGGUUUGGCCCAUCAAGUUGGUGGAGCAGGAAAUGUAUUCUGCCAACUCUUUGGACAGAAUGGCGGGAAUGAUGCUUUUUGGCUGGAUAGUUCUUCUACUGACAAGGCUAGAGCCCGGUUUUCUUUCAUGGGUGGCAAAGGUGGAUCCCUUUGGAAGCAAUUGACAUUUAGAUUAUCUGAUCAAAGCGAGGUUGCAUCUAAGCAUUCUGGUCAUCUUGUAAUAGAAGAUUCUCAGGGUUCUACUGAAAGAAGGUUCUUGGAAGAAGGGUUUCUUGAUUUCCUCAAUAAGGAGCUUUCGUCGUUUUGCUAUGACGAAAAGGAUUUUGACGGGCUGCCUUUCGACUUUUACGGUGGAUAUGUUGGCUGUAUCGGGUACGAUCUUAAAGUUGAAUGUGGCGUUUCAUCUAAUCGUCACAAAUCCACGGCUCCAGAUGCAUGUUUUUUCUUUGCAGAUAACAUGGUGGUUAUCGAUCAUCAUCUCGAUGAUAUUUACGUGUUAUCUCUUUAUGAAGAGGGUAUUUCUCGUAACUCGUUCUUGGAAGAUACGGAUCAGAAGCUUAGGAACAUUAGAGUUUGUGCCAAAAAUGAACAUGGGGAUCAAACUCUGAAGGCUACAGCUUCAUCUCCAUGGAAGGAAAGUUAUUUUGUUCCGGACAAAUCCCGGGAACAGUAUAUAAGCGAUGUUCGAAACUGUCUGAACUAUAUUAAAGAUGGGGAAAGCUACGAGCUUUGUCUUACUACUCAGAACAGGAGGAAGAUUAGUAGUGAUAUUGAUGCAUUGGGACUGUAUCUUCACCUGAGAGAAAAGAAUCCUGCGCCAUAUGCGGCAUUUCUCAACUUCUCGAAAGAGAAUUUACGAUUGUGUUGCUCGUCGCCUGAAAGGUUUUUGCGGCUGGACAGAAAUGGAGUUCUUGAAGCGAAACCGAUUAAGGGUACUAUAGCUCGUGGCUCCACAGCCGAGGAGGAUGAACGUCGUAAAUUCCAACUGAAGUUCAGCGAAAAGGAUCAAGCCGAGAAUCUUAUGAUCGUGGACCUUCUGAGGAACGAUCUCGGCCAAGUCUGUGAGCCAGGUUCAGUCCAUGUACCCAACCUCAUGGACGUGGAAUCCUACGCGACGGUCCACACAAUGGUGAGCACGGUUCGAGGGCAGAAAAGAUCGGACAUUAGCCCCAUCGAAUGCGUGAGAGCAGCUUUCCCCGGCGGCUCGAUGACCGGAGCUCCAAAGCUAAGAUCAAUGGAGAUUCUUGAUUCUCUUGAGAGCUGUUCGAGGGGGAUUUACUCGGGGUCUAUCGGGUUUUUCUCGUAUAACGGUACGUUCGAUCUGAAUAUCGUGAUAAGAACGGUCGUGAUGCACGAGGGAGAAGCGACGAUCGGUGCAGGAGGGGCGAUAGUUGCGUUAUCGAACCCGGAAGACGAGUUUGAGGAAAUGGUUCUGAAGACGAGAGCUCCGGCUAAGGCUGUGAUGGAGUUUUCAGGUCAAGGGGAUUCUUUGUAGUUUAGUUACUUGCAGCGCAAGUUUAGUUACUUUUUCAAACCCAUAUCUACAUUUGGUUUGUAUUUGUGGGUGCAAACAGGUGAAAUUGGUUAUUAUUAUUUUUGUUUUGUUUUCGAAAACAUAUGAUAUAACAAGCAUGAAAAUUUGCUUGUUAUGAAUAGGCAAUACAAACAAUUGUAAACUCUUAUUGUUUUUAAUAAUUAUAUUUUCAUAAA